UGGUGUCCUUGUUAGCAACAAACUUUCACUGCAUUUUAAGCUGGUUUUCAGUCGAGAUUUUGAAGAAACUAAAAGAACACCUGCUUUGUAUCAGAGAGCAGCAGGGAUGGACAUGAGCAUGAGACACACUUUGUUGGGGUUAUUCUUGCUUGCGUCCCUCUUCUCUGGCAAUGCUCAAGUUAAGUACCUUUUUGAAAAACCCACCGCCAUUCUGAGACCAAUAAGUUAUGAGAUACCACUAGGGGGCUACGUGACACUGAGCUGCUCUGUGGAGGACUCUGACAACUGGACGAUUUUGUGGUACAGAGGUUCUAAUGACGAGCCAAUGACAGAAUAUGAAGGGAAGAAAGCUAUUAAUGUGUCACAAAGCGGCGUCUACAGCUGCAGAGGAAGAAGUGAUUCAGGUCGCCUCACAUACAAAAGUGAUUAUGCCAUCAUUAAAGACACCCUUCCUAUUACGGCCAUUAUAACCAUACAGCCCAAAUGGACUCAGAUAUACAUGGGAGAGACAUUCACUGUCAGAUGUGAGAUCCCAGGAGGAGAAGGAACUUACUGGAGCUAUGAUUGGAGACCAAAAAGGUUUACCACAUAUUACACAACCAAUGAAAGAACAUUCCACAAUGUUGGUUGGGAAGACAAUGGAAAUUAUCAAUGCAGGGGCAACAAGGGGCUUUCCUUGACACAGUGGAGUAAUGUCAUUCCAGUAAACAUAUCAUUUACACUGCGUCCUGUCCUCACUGUGUCUCCGUCAUGGCUGAGUCCCGGAGCCUCAGUAAAUCUGAGCUGUGAGGUUGAAUAUCCUUCUGAAGGAUGGCUCUUCUCCUGGUAUAAAGCUGUUCCUUAUUAUAAAAUAAAAGAGGAGCCCUACACUUACGAGCUGCUACCUGAUGGCAGCAAGACUGCUCAGAGUUUCUACAUCAUUAAUGGGCAGACAAGCACAGCAGGGUAUGUGUGCAGAGUGGAAAGAGGAAGCAACUUCUACCACAAGUAUUACAGUGACCCAAAGUUUGUCUGGUCUGCAGAUGUUAAUUCAGCAGCAUCUCUCACAGUCGGCCCUGUAGUGCAAAACUUCGGCUAUGACUCUGUCAAACUGACCUGUAAGGGAAACUCUCCUUCGUGGAGAGUGAGGAAGUUCCCUGAGAAUAGCGUGCCGUAUUGUAGUAACUUUUGGAAUCCAGGAGAAUCCGCCGAUCUCGACCAGCAGGGGAAGAAUCACUUGGAUGAGAACCUGGGGUGCCACCAGCAUCCCCUGCCCCGGCGGCUGCUGGAGCGGACGGGCGGUACGGUGAGAGCCUGUCCUGGGGCAACACCGCCACACGCCCUGAGCACGGCAUGCGAAUCCGGCUCUUUUCUGUCGUACUCCGGCGCUGACAUGGGCCUGGCGGGUGUAGUCAGGAACCACUCGCGGCCGCUCCCUCAGCCUCCUGUAGCAGUCCCUGGCCACCAACACGCGCCGGUUCCCUGCCUCGGGGACGGGGAAAGGCCAGUAGAACUGCCCCCUGAGACUGAGAGUUUUAGCAUUCCCAUAGUGGCUGGCCCCCAGCGAGCCGUGGACAAGCUCAAGCACCUGCGACCGCAGCGACCGAGGCACCAACAGCUGCGGGAGAUCCUUGCCCUGUUCGGGGGCCCGCCAUCUCCGGUACAGGAGGCCAUCGUGGGUCUCCAGAUGGCUGUACUGGGAGUACUGCUGCAUGGUCAACGAGAGCCAUCCCCCUCCGUCGGCUGUGGCCCGAGCAGUAGCCACGCCCCGUGCCUCCUGGGCCCGCUCUCCCCGCCGUUUCGCGAGGGGCAGCUGGCGUGGGCGCAGACAGAUGGGUUGAGCAGAGCCGGUGUCGAUGGCGUGCUGAACCAGCCGCAUCUGCCUGCAGUCUCCGGUUCCCUGCUUUUGACCGCACUGGAGGGCUAG